AUGAAGAAAAAUCGAAGCGCGAAUCUUGUGGCAGCUGAAGGUGAAAGAGUUGACAACAGCGCUCCCAAGCCUUCAUCCUCGAUUACAAGGCCAAAGAAAAGGGAGAAAAUUAGUGCUUAUGAGCAGGCCAAAAAGGUAUACGAACGGAUACAACAACAGAAGGCACAAGAGAAAGUUGCUCGCCAGUUGGAGCGAGAGAAAAGACAAGCUGCUCUGGAUAAAUACAACCGUUCAAAGAAGCAAAUGAACAAAGCUCUGCGAAAAUGUAACAAAAAAGGUCAACCGAAUCUUGGUGCACAAAUGGAAGUUUUAUUAAAGAAAAUCGAAAAGAACAUGGAAAAAGAGUAG